UUAAAUUUUGUUUGUAGUUUAUAGUUUGUUGUAAUAGAUUAUCAUUAUAUUGUUUUACGUUUGUAUAUAAAAUAUCUAAAACGAUUUCACUUGUCCAUAAACAUAAUAUUGCCAUGUUAUCAUUAGCAACAGCGUGGACCAUGGUGUCAAUUAUGUGUCAUCGACGUCACGUCCAUCGUCUAAAAUCUAAAUUAGUUACGAAAUUAUCAAUACUAGAAAGAGUAACAAUAUUACUAUUAUAAUUUGAAGUACCUAUUUGGGUUUCCUACUCGACAUUAAAAUGAUAUAUUUUUUUUAAUAAAUAUUUUAAAAAUUGAAUUACUAUUUUCAUUUAAUUUUCAAGUAUGAAAUAGUUAUAUAAGUUUUAAUGCUCAGGCAGAAUAUUUUAUAUUAUAUUUUUAUCACAAACAGUUACAUAGUGGGUGGGUGGUGUUAACGAAACAAACUGUGUGACACGUGUUGUACUACCUAUACAUAAAAAAGGUAAAUUAUAUUAAUAUAUAUUUUGGCUUAAAAGAUAUUUAUGUUUUCGAAUGUAGGUUUUAUAAACAACAAAAACUAACAAUUUUUAUUUUGGAAAUAACAAUAAAGGUUAAAACAUAACUUUGGUCACAUUUUAUUGAAAUAAAGUUUUACAAUACCAAAUAUGUCUCAAAAUUUUUCUAAUAAAAACGAAAAUAGACUUUUAAAGUUAACCGUCAGUAAUGAUCAACUAACUCAAUUACACGAUUCAAACAUACUAGAAGACGAUAAAAAUAUUUUAAAAAAGGUUGCUUCUUUGAAUACCAGCAGAAUAGAAACCAAGCAAAAAAACAAUACAUGUCAAAAAACAUACAAAGUAAAACUUACUAACUACAAAAGACAGCAGAUUGCGUUCGGUACAGCAUACAAUGAGUUAAAGAUGAGCUACGAAUCGAUCAAUAAGUUUAAAAAGGAUUUAUUAUCUGAUAACAAAAUGUUAGAAUUUGAAGAACCUGAAGACCUAGACUACAUAGUUCAAAAUACUCUGCAAGACAAAUUUGGAAAAACAUUCCCGAAACCAGAGGCUUCAUUUAAAAAAGAUCAUGCCGUUUUUGUUUUUAAUCAUAAUAAACCAUUAAUCUGGCAAAACAUUAAUUCUACAACAGGUUAUCAAAAACUAGACUUAUCAAUAGAAGAAGCAUAUAAACAUGUAUGGGAUAAUUAUUUAGACGUAUCUGAAAGGAAUAUGGAGUAUCAUUUUUGGCUUCAAAACAUUAUUGAACCAAAUGAAUUCUAUGAUUUACACGAUGUUAGAAAAUACUUAAUACAAAAUAUGUUUAAUAAAGAACAGACUCCUAAAAAAUUAGAAACAAAACUGAAUGAUUUUUAUAAUAAUUUACAAUUGAAAUUUAUGAAUAUAAUAAGUGACGCUGUUGAUAUUUUUAAUUCAGAAAACAAAGUUAUUAAAAUAAAUGAAAACGAAGAAUUAGAAGCAAAUGCAGAAAUUAAACUUCAGAUGGAUAUUGAAGAGCAUAAACAUAAAAUGGAUAUCAAAAUAAAAAUGUUAGAAAUGGAAAAUGAGAAGUUAAAACAAAAGGAGACUGAAUGUUCAACACAAAUAAGAACUUUGUUAGGAGAACUGGCAUUUAGAAACAAUAAAUUAAAUAAUGCUAAUGACCGUGUAAUAUUGUUAACGAAGGAAAAAAACGAUUUAAUUUCUAUGAUUCAAAAAAUGGAAGUUAAAGACGAUAGUUAUCAUACACUUCAAAAUAAAAUUGCAAAAGAGCAAGAAAAAAAUCAAAAUUUAAGAACUAUUUUAGAAGAAGAAUUUGAAAAAACGGAUAUUAAUUUUUAAUAAAAUAAAACUCAUUUAAAUAACUGCGUCUUAAUGUAAGUGUAUAAACCUAUAUAUUAUUACUCUAUGGUAUAAACAAAUAUUUCUUGAAAAUAUAUUAUAAUAGUUUAAAACAA